UAAUUAUACUGCCGCAAAAUGACAACCAAGCUAAAACAAAAUUCCAAUUUGACAUUAGGAAUUCGCGUAAGAUAAAAUAAAAGCAGCGCUAUUACUACCUUCGUAUUUCUUCUCUAUUUUGACUACUUUGCGUAAGAAGUGAGCGAAAGAGAGAAGUCGAAUGGGGUCGUAUGUUUCAAGUUUUCUCGGUGGAGGUGAAGCGCAGGCAGCGACGGAAGUGUCAGGAUCGCCGUCAGAGCCGUCGCGUGUGAUUGCUUUUCAUUCCUCCAAUCGGUGGCAACUUCACUUCAACUCCUCCAAGCAAUUGAAUAAACUGAUAGUUGUGGAUUUUGCGGCUGCAUGGUGCGGGCCUUGCAAGUUCAUGGAGCCGGCUAUUAACGCCAUGGCUUCCAAGUAUACCGACGUUGACUUCGUCAAAAUUGACGUCGAUGAGCUCUCGGAUGUAGCGAAAGAGUUCGGAGUUCAAGCUAUGCCGACAUUUUUGCUGCUGAAGCAAGGCAAGGAAGUAGAGAGAGUUGUUGGGGCUAAGAAAGAUGAGCUCGAGAAAAAGAUUCUCAAGCACAGGGAAGCCCCUAAAUAUGCUGCUUAGUUCUUCUAACAACCUCUUGAUAAUAUUGGAGCUGAAUUUCAUAUCCAAUAAGUUAAAAAAGCAUAUUACUGCCUUAUUCUGAUGUGAUUUGACGGACCUUCUGAAGUCUUUCAUUUUUUCCCUGCUUAAGUUUCUAAUUGUGUUAUUGUACUCUUUGAAACUUUGAAUUCAUGAUUUGCCUGUUACUGCUUCA